AUGCGUGGUCAUUACCCACAGGUAGGUACUUUGCUGCUUAGCCUAAUGAUACAACAUUCAAGGGCCUUGAGUGUAAAAAAGAAGUUGUGUAACCGUCCUGUUUUGAACUCAGAUAUCGUGGUCACGUGCCCGUUUCUCGAAAGUAUUGGUAACUUUCCAUGCCUGAGGCCAUAUCUGAAGAAUGAAAGUGAGCGUUUUGGCCCUUAAGAAGUCCAUCUUGAUACUUUAUCAGAUACCGUAUUUAUUCGAAUAAGCGCCCAACCUCGAAUUAGCGCCCACCUCGAAUAAGCGCCCAUCCUAAAGGUAGAAAAAGUUAAUAAGCGCCCAGCCUCGAAUAAGCAGAACAGUCUAAACAAAGAUCGAAAAAUGGCGGGAGGCGACGUAGUGUUGUUCUUGCCUCUUGAAGACAAAGUAUAUCAACCUUGUCCCCAGGGCUUACAAUGUGGUUGACAAUAAACGCAUACUGAUUUGUAUGACAUGACGUGGGGUAAUAACUUAUGUACACAAAGGUGCUCAGUUUUCGACAAGUAAAAAUCGCUCAGUAGACAUCCUUGUCUGGCAAGGUACUUGACCAGGCCUUGGAAAAUAUCCAAAAAACGUUCCAGAUUCUAACUUAAAUUUCAUUAUACUUUUUAACAGGAACAACAGGACGUUGAUCCUUUGGCUACAUUUUUUCGGGCACUUUUCUUAUAUUUGUGUCGUAAUAAUCCAAAUCGACUGAUGGAACUAGAUUAAAUAUUUGACAUUUAUUGUAAUAAUCAGUUUAUUAUAAGAUUUGUAUAAAUAACUUGUAUUUAAAAAAUUUGGAUUGCUUUUAUGGUACUGGUGGAACCGCUUUACCUUCACUUUGUGGCCACAGUGGGUUCUCUUUUAAAGACUACAGCGAAGAUCUUAAUUCUCUUACAAUAUUCCCGUAACAACUUUUGAUAGAAGAAAAACUCCUGGCUUUGUUUGUUUAGCUUAAGGUGAAUGUUAUAUCCACUGAUUUAGUAAUGUAUCACAGGACAGGGUUUUCAAUUAUCAUCAUUAAUCCACUUAAUAACAAUUUGUACAAUGAAGGGGGCUAUCCACGUGUAAACUAUUGAGGCUUGUUAUGAAAAACGGUUGGUUAAAUACACUAAAACAGACUUUCUUAGCCUUCGUAGCUGACGGAAUUAGCGUGGCAGUGCUGUAUUGGUUUGGCGGCGGAGCCGCGAGAAGAGAGGGUACAAGUCAAUUUGAAAACCCACCUGCCACAAUUUUUUUUACGGGAGUUUCUAAUUGGCUAGAAGAGGUAAAGCGCCAAUCAAAUGAUAAUUAAUAUCUCUAAUAUCUGAUUAUCUCCCUAGGGAAAGUUAAUGCGGUCAUGUGGAUAUGAAAUAAAAUUGAGCAAGCAAAAAUAAGAUUUGCGCUUGAAUAAGUGUUUACGUAGGUUGCCAAAGCAGAGCAAGGGCUCGACCACUCAGGGGGUACCGCUACUUCGUGACAAUUUCAGUGAGCUAAGAAAAUUAACCUGACUGAAGCCCCAUUCAUACCAAAUAAACUUAUUUUAUUACACCAGGUUUAAUGAAAAGAAAAUUGGUCACAGAAAACUAAAAGAAUGGCUGUCGCAUAGCAUUCAAGUAAGUUUGAAGCUGUGCUUUUAUUUGCGCUAAAAUUGUCGUCGACCACUGACUCACUGAUUUUCGGAAAAGUUCGAGACAAACCAAAAUGACUUGUGCAAAACCGCUGGAAAUCUUUUAUCUUUUUUAUUGUUCCAAAAUAAAUUGUAUGUUCAGACCUUUAUAACGCAGGUGCGCAUUACAAGCACUUCUUAAUUAUUUUAAAUCACUUUGUUAUGUUUUCCGUGUUUAUAUCGCAUGCGUGAACAACUCUCCUGUAGCCAGUCAAAACAAAAAAAUAAUUCCCAAAAUAACCCAAAUACGUUUUCUAAAAAUGAAACAAAACAUUAAUAUGAAGAUAUAUUUGGACGACUACUUCAAUGAGUAUGAAAUAAAAACUUGAUCAAGAUUCACACUUGAAUAAGCACAAAGUACCGCACGAUAUGUUAUUUGAUGAAAAUAAGCCCUGAAAUGACAAAUAAUGAAAAAUCACUAUCGUCUCCAGCCAGGACCCUGGACCUCUCUUUUGCUUUCAAUUUGCAAACGUUCUGCUUGAUCAUUCAUUUACGCAGUGAAACGGGUUUAAAUUGAUGCAAAGGUAAAAGAAUGGCACAGGUAGAUGUGAAUUAUCAGUGAUAUACACAGAUUUUAAAAAGACGACUGUGCCACAGUUUCAGGGUUGUACAAGCUCAGAAAGACAAGAUUAGAUUUAAACAGUAAUGAGCCCAACUUAAAUUCAACUAAACCCACGGAGCGAAAAAUGGCAGUAAUGCGUUGUAACACUCAAAUUUUAUCUUUCAGUUUUCUCUUCGUUUACUUGCAUAGAUAUAGACCAGAGUCAACUCUAACCCACUCCUUCGAUUCACCGACCUUUAGCGCCAGUAAUUUAAACGAAGUUUAGCCAGUGUUUAACAAAACUAAGGUCUUCUAAGCCAUUUUCGGUUUGCCGAAGGCUUUAAUGUAAACACCAUUUAUUGUAAACAGUUUCAUGAAUGCAUAUGGCGAAGACUAGAACUGAAAGCAUUUGCCUUUUUAAAAUGACCCACUAAGAAAGAGAUCUGGAGGUCCUAAGAUUUCCUAAACCGCGGUCUAAGUUAGACUUCGUUUUAAUAACCGACCCUUGUAGCUUAAGGGCCGCUCAAGCACCCUUACAGGCUACGCUGCGCUUUAAAAUUGUUCGUCGUAUAAAAAGUCUAAGAAUCAAACGGAUCAAAAAGUCUAUGAAUAAAAUUAAACAUCAUAAUUAUCACUAUGUAAAGACUGACAAAUCUGUAAGUGCGGUGUCUACUUUAAGAGUCCCACUGUUUUCUGUUAACCUCACUGUUUAGCAAACUUAAUUGUUUUGACUAACAUUACGCUGUCUGAGGUCUACCCUGCGAGCAGAGGUUUCUCUCUUGCUUGGCUUUUAGCGUUUACGCGUAAACAAACAACUACGCGACAGACAAGACACGCGAAUGACUUCGUAAACGCUAGAAGCCAUGCAAGAGAGAAACCUCUGCUCGCAAGGUAUCUGAGGUCUGAAACAGAUGUCAAGGCAGUUCGAUAAUCGAAUAAACAACUACAAGCUGGACGUGAUGAAUCAUCAUAACGAAUUGAGUUGGCCAAAUAUGGAAGUUACCUAAUAAGAUAUUAACGCAUUGUCUAGUCACAUGAGAAGAGAACAUUACAGCCAUUCAACCGAGUUAUAGCAGAAGUCUGAAAUUUCACAUUCCUUCGUACCUUCAGGGUAGACUACGCAAGUUUUUUCUAUACAAUGGAAGUUUUUGACACCUUGCUUUUUCGUCAAACGUUGAUACUGCUUAGUCACAAACACUGUGGGACGGUCGACCAAUUUAUUUCUCCAACUGAACUUCCACAUCACGUAACCAAGGAAAACAAGACAAGUUAUGAACAACAAUACGCCAUUAUCGACGAGUGUCUGUCGAGUGUUGCCCGAGAUAUCAACGUCAAUCGGAUCGAAAGAAACUUGCAGGAAGAAGUGAAAUGGAAGGAAAGGUAAGGGUAACUUAAGCAUACCGAAAAAUCAAGGACUUUUAUCAGUCUUUUUUCUGUUGACAUUUGAUAAUUAUGCUGUAGAUCAUCCAGAGUCCUACCUCUGUUGAAAAGUUCGCUAGCCACAGAAAAAACACUGUUUUGACUGCAAAUUGUUCUGUUAUAAUUACAAAGAAGCGUAGCCGUCAAGACUCGGAUUCUUUUAGAAAUUGAUCAAGUGAUCUGACUGCGUAACAAACAGAGACUCCUUCUAUUUUCAGAUACGUAGACGUCACGAGUGACCGCCUACCAAUACUUGACCUAAAGUUUGAUACUGUCUUCGAAACUCAACCGCAGCUGUGAUUAAGAGGUUUUUCACGGUCACUGGUAAACAACACCUGACGAAUAUACGUAUUUUUCAACUACGGUUCUCAAGAGCAUGGGACGUCAUGGUUUAAGCCCGUUUGUUCCCGGCCGUACAGGGCUAGGACAUAUUUAUCGCGUCACGCACUAAACAGGCAAAAGCUUCUUCACCGCAAGCAGACUACUGUAGUAUCCAUCCCUGUGCCAAGUUGUUCAGAAAAAAGGGGACAAAAUCGACAGGAAUAAAUAUUUACAAGCGCAUGAAACCGAUGAGUGCCCAUGCGUGCAGGCAAAUUUACCGCUGAAAGCACGCACCGCUGUCAGCAGCGCUGUCAACUUAAGAAGACAGAAAAUAUCCUUCGCACAAUAACUCCGUAAAGGUACCUCAUCGUUGGAUUGAAAAAGUUUCUCUUCGCUUCAGGAAAGGUAAGAAAAAGCGAAAUUUAAGGAAAUGAGAAACUCGUAAGUACAGCCGUUGAUAUUUUGCAAACAAAUAGACAAACUCUUCACGAUAAUUUACCAACACGAGAAAUAUUUGUUUUCGCACAGACGCGUGACCUCGUCUGUCAUGAUAUUCUGAACAAUAUCUAGAGAACAUUCAUCUAGUCCAAAAACUUUAUGCGAUAAAACUGGAGGAUAAUCGUAUCUAUAUAAUUGUAGUUUACAUAUUUAACUAAAAGAGAACCCAAGUCAGCCAAAUCAGUGUCAUAGUGAAAAGUGUCACACGCAAAUGGCCCUUUAUCGACGGAGCGCCCUAAACUUCACAACGAAAAUUAUCCUGUUACUAUUUGUAUGAAGUCCACAGUUUGUCUUACGGGGAAUGCUUUCGUAUCAUGAGUGCCAUUCAGUACUUGAAGUUUGAUGUUACUUCCCAACAAUCUUUUAAAAGCAAUUCGCAGGUUAAGCAAAAGCAAAGAAUGCCUUAUCACAUGUUUGGUUUAACAAAUCUUGAUACAACCCUAAUACUUAACUUAUUUUAGUAGAGAAUUCAUAACAUGGAAAGUAAAACACAGGAAGUAUCAUUGUUAACCAUGAAGCGAGCAAACAGAUCGUUGAGUAGACCAAAUAUUUAAUCCAAGUUUUUCACGCAUAACAAAUAAACAAUGUACGACCUAGAAUCUUUUCCUCGCGUAAAGAACAAAGCUUAAUGGAAGGAGCCAAAGGCUUACAUUUUAUCGGGGUUUAGCUACCACCUGUAGAAGGUAAACGCAGCACUAUAUCAACGACAAAUUUGUACUUUUAACUUUAAAAUGAUCAUUUUAAGUACUCUCGGAAAUAUGGUUUCCACCAGUACCGCAAAUAAUUAUGCCGCGCGAUUGUCAAAAAGAAAAACGAAAAUAAUUCCACCUUAGUUGUGAAAAAAAAAAUGAACAGUUACAAGACCAUUUGCGAAAUUUAUCGGUCCUAAAAGUUGAUCAUCCAGCAUUUAAAAGAGCACACAAGCCGACGAGAUUGGCGUGCAAAAAGAAUCCGUUGCUUUGUUCAGUGAUUUUCGAUGCCUUGUGUUAAUGUUGGCAAAACGGAAAUUACUAAAUUGGUAAAUAAACACAGCUGUGUCGCUGUGUCUAAGCAAUCGGAUAGCUAAUCAUAUAUCAAUAUGAUAGCUCAGAUUAAUUUCGUCCGGAUAAUGUGAUAAUCUUAAAAGUAGUGAUAACAGCCCACCAAUUAGCCCUCUCAAACAAAAUAACACUCAUCAGGCAUGUGGGUCGCCUUGCGGAAUUUUAAAAAGAUAACCAUUCGAGGGUGAAACCUACUAUUGUGACAGACAAUUAAUCACUGAUAUCCUAAAGGAACUUACUUUUGAAACACAAUGCAGGAAGUAAUUGACCAUGUUGCGCUUUUAUUGUGUGUCUGCUAACGAAGAAUACAAAUGCAGUGUUUGUGAUAGAGUGCACCAUUGUAGAGACUUGUGAACUACGAGGAAUUAAGUAUUAAAAUAACAAUGUGAUUUUUUUCUGUCUUUUCAGGUCGUAUGGCGGAACCUAAACAGGUAAGACCCUCCAAUUUUUAGAGGAGCUUGAAUUUUUAAUGAUAUUCUACCUACAACAUAAUGUGAUGUUGGGUUUUCAAUUUACGGUAAUUUUAAGGCAAAGCAAUAACGUGAUGUUAUUGGCUAAAGAACUCAUUAAAUGAGCCGUUCGCGCGCAAUUUUCCCCUCGUUUGUCGCCGAUUUCACCUAUUUUCUUUCGACCUGCUUCAUUCGUGUAUUUCGGUACACUAAAUAGAUUUUCCCUUCUAUUUACCUCACUUAUUUGAGGGGGGAGACUCUGAGCUUUUUCUCUCGUGUUUAACCCAUUCGCUCCUGGAGAUUUUGCCGAAAAACGCGUUUUGAAGCUAGUCGAGUGGUUUUCUGGUCACUGUCGUGCUAUAAAGAGCUAAAACUUACCACAAACCGGUUUACAGGUCGUACACGUGGCGGCCUUCUGAUCCAGAUGCAAAAUAUCAGCUUGCGAAGUUCGGGCAUGCGCAGAAAGCAAAAUUUCGCUUUCUCUCCUCCCUUCUUUUUUCGCUUUUCUUGCCUCAUUUUUUUUUUCUCUUGCUGGGCAUUUAGUAGGCUUCAUUUUGGUGGGAAGAGUUUUUAGGAAAGCUUUUAGGAUCUUAGGAUUAGGUGAAAGGAAAGGUAGGUGGGUAAUGGAACAAGAUUUUCAUGGAGAUUUUCAGGUCCUUGUCACGUGGUUUUUUGCUUCUUUCUCCGGUGUCCUUGACUGAAUUGUGCUCAUUCUGGUAUGGUUUGAAAGAUCUCUUCACUCUGCACAAGUUAGCGAAGAAAGUUGUCCUUGACCGUUAAAACUGAUGACGUCACAAAGGGUAGAAAGGACCUGGAUCCGCACGGGCGGUUACGGGCGGUUCAGGGGCGAAUGGGUUAAGAUUAAAAGAAAAUUAUUCAUAAACUAGUAGUAAUCAUAGAUCAAUAAGUGCGUUCGAGUUUUCUUAGCUCCAGAUCAGCUUUUGUGUCGUCAAGCAUGAUUUCAAAAUCAUGGAAGAGAUCAUGAAUUAAAAGGUAGACAUUCUUUUCGUAAAAAAUGUUCUUCGCGUAUACGGCUUCAAAAUAUCUCACUCAUUAACUCUCUACUCUUAAAAUGUCUUACUCUCCCUCAAGCAUGGUCGAUAAAAAUGUAAAGUAGAUCGUAAAAAGUUCUUUGCUGUUAAAAAGAUAAACAUGUCACUACAAACUUCGAAAAAAUGGUAGCCUUGAAGGUUAAAAGUCUUGGCUUCUUGCGUGACACAACUUGAAGUGAAAACAAUGAUCAUAGGAGCGACGGAAACAUAUUAGGUUUCUGCUAGAUUACUGAUGUCAGAGAACCGGACAGAAUCUUUUGCCAUUGUGCAAACUUUUCAUCUCAUGAUUAUUUUAAGUUCAUGUAGGUCAGUUCAACAUGUUUUAAACUUAGCUUGCUUCAGCGAGUGAGAUACUUAUCACGCAAAAUUAUCCGCGUAGAGAUAUCAGACGUGAAUAAAGCAUUACAGUUGUAACAACCUGCACUGAUACGCUCAAGCUUACUUUUUCGUGCAUGAAAGAGGUUAAACUACAAAUAAGUAAAUAGACUCAAACGCACGGGUAAACUUCUCACGGCACAAAUGUUACCUGGUCUUUAUUUGUGUGUUUCUACGAAGUUCCAGCUCGAUUUGAACGGCAUUGACCGAAAGUUUGGCAGAAUCAUCAGCUCAGUGAUAAAACCCGCUUAGAAAACAACUCCAACGUUCAUUCUUUUGCCGAACUCAAAUAUUCCCGUGUAAUGUAGUUGACCUUGAUGGAACCAGUGAUGCACGUGAUUGCCAUAUGACAAUUGCUUAUGACGUAAUUAAAGCUUGAACCACGAGGCAGAAUGCUUUGCGCAACGAAAUUGUGACGUCAUUCAAAAUGGCGCCGAAAAGGUGAACCAUGGAACGAAAAAACACGGGUCAGCUUUCGCUUGCGUGCACAGGGCACCUACGCGAUAACAGGCAACCCAGGAGAUUAGGAAGCGUUCUUCCUUCGUCGAACGCAAAAAGUCUCGCCCUUUCCCAAAUCACCUAGACUUCACCCCUUCAAUUUUGUUUGCCACUAAAUUCUACAAGAUGUCAUUAACCGAGUUCAGGACGGAGCUACCUAUAAUAUGAUUAUCAGCGUUUAUUAGGAAGUUAAGAUGUUAUGCAUUAUUCAAAAGUCGUGGUCAGUUCAGAACUUGCAUUAGACGUUGACAGUUUUUAUUACUAUUACUCUAAAGGAUAAAAAUGAAAACUCAUCUGAUGAGGAGGACAAAAAUAGGUAAGAGUAAGAGUUUGCGGUUCGAUUGCCUAUCGAGUAAACCUUUUAGGACAAUGAUUGGAAAAAAAAAAACCUUGUGAGUGUGCGACAAAAGUGUUCCGCUACGUUCAAAACCUUUUUUUUUUUUCUCAAAUGGUCCCUUGUUGCCCUUCAUCUUAUUCUCAUAUUAGAAACAACAGUUCAGGUUAUUUUCCGAAUACGUUUCUUGUAAAGAUCGCCUAAAACCAAUUCUCAUGCUUUGCAGAAUUCACAACCUUCCCCUUGAACCUUACACAGCUGGUUUGGCUGAAAAUUACGCGAUUUUCCUCUUACGAUUACUUUGGCUGGACGUAAUGAAUGCAUAAUAGUACUGAAUUAAGUAUACAAACAGAGUUAACAUUUCUUACCUGUAUGUUGAUGCCAUUUCAGUGACAGUUCCCAAAGCACGGAAGUCGAAGAGGAACAUCCUAGACAGGACAAUGGGUAUUCCCUGGAAAGGGAAUCACCCUUUCAUCAGGUAAGCUCUUGAGAUCAUCAUAGUGCAUCUCUCAACAUCUGCCAAAAUAAAUAACUCUUUUUAGUAUUGCUUAGAAACAUCACCUCGAUCACACUACAUGUCGUAAAAAUAUGUUCAACAUCUAGCAAAUACCACGAAAUCUUGCUCUUUAUAAAGGGUAAAGGGACCCUUAAUUCUCUAUUAUUUAUUUUAAGAACCAAGCAGAAAUGAGGGAGGAAGAGGGCGAAAAUGUGAACGAAGAAGCACAGCAAACCACGGACCAGGAAUGUGGUCCACGAGCAACUAUCUGGUAAGACAAAAACUUGCAUGGAAAAAAUGAUCAUCAAAUAAAGCCCAACUUGACCGCUUGUGACUAAGCAGGAUAUAGUAUAUAAACCCGGCAGUAGACGACUUGCAGGGCUCGAAAUACUCACAGACGCGCAAAAUUCAAGUGGGUUAAAGGGUUAAAAUACACUAGUAGACUAAGGAAACACUACAUGAAUUUGAACUCAGUUAAAUAUAAGGAUUUAAUAUUUCUGCACAUGUCUUAUUUCAGUGGUUUAGCUUCUCAGCUUCCCUAUCACAGUUCUGCAGUCUCUCAGGUAGGUACAGAAAACCAAUAACGAUCAAAGUUCAGUGGAUAACUUUGUGGUAACCACAUAAUUAUCGCUCUGGCCCUGCAGCAAAUAUGUUUUUUAUUACUAUGUUUGUUGUUGUUCUUUUCUUUUUUGUUUGUUUUGUUUUCAAUUUUAAAUUGUAGCAAAUCAGUAAAAGGCGAUCACGAGAUGUACCGUUUCUUUACCACUCCUUCUCUUUCAGAACCAACCAGAGAGAUAUGCCCAGCAGGCAACUGCAGGGCAAAUAAGGUAAUCAACGUAAAGACACACGUAACUGGGUUGUGCUUUAUGCAUGUCAGAAUGUCCAAACAAUACAAAAGAGAGAUGGACAAAAACUUUUUUUUCAUUUCCAAAUGGAUUGUGAUAAUAAUGCAAAAAAAUCAAUGUAAGGAAUUCAAAAUAAAAUUCUAUUUUUCUCUAUACGAACCCUCUGGAUGUUACUGAGGUGAAGGUUCGCAAAUGAUGCCAUCAGCCACGGAACGUUUGUAAUAAUUGACCAAUUCAAAUACCACAGUGCACUAGGUCCUGAAAGCUGCAUUUGCUCUUACACACAAGACCACAUCUUCCGCAAAAUAAUUUUUCAACAAAAGUGGUUAUUGAAAAAGCGGUUGCAAAGAUCUUACGACACCUUAACAACUAGAUAAUUCGAUUCUCCUCGCCUACUGUUGUACAUUUAUCUCACUUUCAGGUCCGAGAAUUUAGUGGCAAAUUCGGAACGAGCGCGUGCACAGCCGCAGGUAGGUAGUGGGGGAAAUAGGGUAUUAACCCUUCAAGCCUUAAAAGUGAUCAGCAUCAAAUUUCUCCUUGUAAUACCAAUGCUUUAAAAAACAGAGUGGUCAUGAGAAUUACGAAUAUGAUCACAAAAGUUGAAUUUGCUUGAAAUUUUAUCAACUUCUCCCCACUACUUCUGUAGUGAAAUGAAUGGGGGCAACAAAUGAGAAUUCAAAUUUUGAUCUUAGGGUUUAAAGGGUUAACACAGUAUGAAUGCCCCGUGUAUUACGGAUCAAUGAAAGGGAGUUGCAGUUAAAUCUUAUGAGACUUCCUAUUCCCUGAGCUCAUGUAAAUAAACACGAUAAACUCAGUAGAAGAGAUAAGCGAUUCUGAGAAUUGUUUGAUAGGCAGGUUCGUAAGCUUCACAAUCAUGGAACUCCAUUAAGCCUUGAAAACAACGUAACCUGCUCAGUGGCGGAUCAAGGGGAGCGCCCCCCCCCCCCCCCACCCCACUUAUUUUUAGACCAAACUGAGUCCCGAAGGCUCGAAAAAAAUGUUUCGGGGCCGGCCCCAGGCCGAACGUACGAGCGGCACAUGAAAAGUCUCUGGCACCCGGGGUAUUUUAGUCUUGCAAGACCACGCAAAUGUUGUCCCUAUAACACACACAUUAUUCAAGGAACGCCGCACGGUAUACUUUUUUACAUUCUGAACGGUAUUUCGACUUCAGCUGACAAAAACCUAACCAAAAAUAGAUAUCAUAAAAUCCUAACUGUCUUAAGCAAUGGUGCAACUGAGCAAAAUAUGAAGAGAUAACUGACCUAGAGUCGUGAUUGAAGCUUCAUGUAUAGGACGUGGGACAAUUUAAGGAACAGUACGACAUUUUACUUCCCGGGUAUUUUUUUUAAGUCUAACUCAAAUUUCAUCAUAUCUUCCACAGCACCACGAAGAACCUGGUCCCAUGGCAGUGAUUACCCUUGUUCUUGUCCUAUAUUUAAUAAACACUUUGUAAGCAUUAUUUAAUUAAAAGUUGUGUUAAAAUUAUACUGCUUGGUUUAAGUUUGAUUACAAAACCAACCCUCCUAAAGUAAGCAUGUGCGGUCCUUGUUAACGCUCUCAUAUCAGACACAUCCCACAGCUGCGGAGAUUGACUAAAUCCUGAUCAGUUGGGGCAAAACCAGAUAAAUAUUACUACCCUCUUUUACAAAAAGGAGAACGACUUAAAAUAUGUUCACAUGGUACUGGACGAAUUUUAGACUCGCUUAAAAUUCGUGCCUUUAGUUGUUCGGUUCACGCGGAAUCUGCACAUGGAUGCAUUGUAAAAUCAAUGAGAAAAAAUUUAACCUGGCUGGUCAGUUUAGCGUGAACAAUGCGGAAAUUCUGAACGAUUCCGUGUGAACGAAACAUCCGGUCGAGUUUUUAGCCGUUCGAAAAUUAGUCCGUUACCGUGAGAACGCAGCCCUGAAGUUAACUCUCCUAAAGUAAGCAUGUGUGGUUCUUGUUGUCCAAACUAACUCAUCUGAAAUUAAAUUAUGACCCCGUUUUACACAAGACUAAAGGCUCAAGGUCAACUAUCCGUAGGAAUCUACAAAAGGCCAUUACAAGCUAAUUGACGUGGCUUGUAGCUGGAGGUCACGUGACUGACUUCAGGCUAAUGAAAAUCAUGGGAUAAAACUCCAAAAUACCAAAGAAAAGCGCGUCGGUAUGAUAUUAAGGUGCUUUGAAAAACGGAGGAGAUACAAUAACUAUCAAUGGAUGACUGAAAUCACUGGAGCGCAAGCAGUCAGGUUGCGGUCCAGUACUUUUUUCCCAUAAAAAUCGUAAUAAUUUUCUAUACAUUCCAAGACCCAUCUACAAUCGAUUAGGUGAAAUUAUGGUCUCGGGUACUGUUUUCUCCUUGUUUAGAUAAAUCAUAAUAGCGUACCGUUGAAAGCAAAAAAAAAAAAAACAAAGAGAGUUACUCGCAGGCAGGCUUUAAGGGACACUUUUACAACACAAAGUAAAACGUAAGGAUUUAGUCGCACUCCUUAGGAUGGCCGCAAAAGGCCAAACGCUCUAACUGAAUUGCGCUUUAUCUGAACAGGCUGAUAGAGUUACUGUGGGUUCCCCAAUCGGGCCCUUUGCAGCAAACGUCUUUCAAUUCGAAGAAAACCUUGAGCUCAAAGCAAAACUCUGCUCAGGAUAAAAACAAAGACAAAAUCGCGAAAUUUUGUACCCUUUUUCUCUAAUUUUUUUUUUUUGCACUCGCGAAAAUUAGUACUCGCGAAAUACGGCUCCCGAAUAUUCGCGAAAUUAAGUACGCGCGAAAAUUAGUAAGAAUAAUGUACCUAUAGACAAACGGAGUGGACGUUUUGCUGCGCUUCAAAGCAAUAAUAAACAGUAUUGACGCCUUGCGAGCCUAUAGAGCGUUUUUACAUGACGUCACGGCGGCCAUAUUGGUGUUCCAAAACAAUAAAACGGCGGCUUUCUUAUGUAAACGCUUUCUUUUGUUCCAAUAAAUUUGCAUAGAUGCUGGUCACGUGAGUGAAAACGCUCUCUUCCGUGAAACGUUUUUCAGUUUUUCCCAUGAGUCCUUGCAAGCUACCACAAUCCCUUUCACAAGGUUAGCACGGAUCUCUAUACUCCAAACUGACAUUUCCCUCUCACAAGACAUUCUGAGACAUUUCCCUUUUUGCUACAUGAAAUUUCUAUAUCUCUUGGAAUUUUUGCUUGAGAAAUGUUCAUGAAAGUCUAAGUCUCUUCAAUUUUUAAGGAGAAAAACAAUUCAGACAUGCGUGAGUAGGAAUCGAACCACUACGCCACUGACGAUUGAUGGUUUGAUUUGAAAAUAUAUAGCAACAACCCUAACCCCAAAUAGAAGAUAACCGUUUACGGAGUCAGUGUUUAACCCUAAUCACUACUCUCAGGGCUUAGACCUAAUCAGUAUUGAUCAGUGCUUAACCCCAAUCAUUAUUUUCAGGGCUUAACCCUUUUGAGUAUUGAUAGUCAAUACGGUUCCUUCCUUUGUAGAGAAUUCGUUUAUGUAUGAAUCAUAAUGUGUCAACGUCAUUUUGGAGAAUGGAGAUGAGUAUUAACCGCGCAUCACAUGAUUCAGUCAAUGCAAGGUGUAAAGAAAAGGACUAUAUCUAGAAGUUUGGCUCGAGAAUCAGACGUUUCAAAAGGGAAAGUUAACAACGGUAAGUAAAGAAUCGCAACGAAAAGCCACGCUAUAUAUUUUAGAUAUCAUUUAUUGCGGGCUGCGCCAUGCUCCGUGUUUCAGAAAUGAAGAAAAUAUAAUCAAUGUUACACUUCCCUUCGUACACAACAGGUUGCUUGAAAGUAACCGCUCCUUGCGUGUGUAAUUAGACCACCAACGACCAACGGAAUUAGAACAAAUACCUAAAGGGUAACAUUAUGGAAGUGGGGCUUACUAGAUCAACUCAAAAGUCAACUCCAGUCAAGAGUAUAAAGUUGGUUAACCGUAAAGUAUUCAGUAUUCAGUUGUUUGUAGUAUUUCAUUGUUCUUUCCGCUUUUCCGCUUUCCGCUCUGUUCCCAUUUUCGUAAUGUUCUUUGUUUUGAAAAGGACGAUACGUCUAGAGAGGCCAACUGGGUUAAUCUAAAACGUAACUUGCCAGAAAUCUAUGUGACCUAAACCAAACUAUCGAUAAACUAAUACAUUAAACUGCCAAUGGUGUCAUUCUACAAAUAACAAAUAACCGUAUCAAGUGGCUCUGGUGUUUAUCUAAAUUUCCGUCAGUAUUUUGAUAAUACCUCAUAAUCAGUCAAGUAAAGACUAAUUGUUCAGGUCGCGUGGCUUUUGAAUGUGGCGUUUGGCCAUGAUCUAGUAAGCACCACUUCCAUGCAUAACCCUUCCAUGGUUUACGGUCGUUUCGAUCCAAAGUCGAUUCGAUCCAAGUCAUUUCGAUCCAAAUUGAAGUCGUUUCGAUCCAUCAUCAAAGUCGAUUCGACCCACCUAGAAAGUCGGUUCGAUUUAAAACUAAGUCGUUUGAAAACAAACAAGAAACGAAUAAUUUUGUUGUCUUCUACUGUUUCAUCAGUGACGUAACUUCAACCAGCCGCGUGCUUUAACAUAAAAGCUGUCGCAUAAUGGCCGUUUUCAUACUUGAGGACGCACUAUCCGUCCAGACGGAUAAUGCGUCUGUGGCCGUUUUUAUACUAAGGACACAUUAUCUGACUGGACGAACUUGGGCAAACAUUUGUAGCUCGUCUGGUUAUGCGUCUCAAGUAUAAAGACGGGCACAAGACUAAUUAUGCGUCUGAACGAACAAUCCUUCGUAAUACGUCUUGAACGACGCACUAAGAAAGGUAGUUCGCCUGGACGCAUAGCGCGUCUUGUGCCCGUCUUUAUACUAGAGACGUAUAACCCGGACGAACUACAACAUGUCUGCCCAAGUUCGUCCAGACGGAUAAUGCGUCCUUAGUAUAAAAACGGCCAACAAGUCUUUGUGAGAGCGGAAGUGUAAGUAUGACGUACACAAGAAACUAAAAAUAGCAAGGAACGAUCAUUCAAUCGAAGUCUAACAGAAAUCAAUAGAUUCCCAGAUCUCUUUCCAAUAGAGUUAUUUUAGGAAGAUUCUACGCCAAAUGCUCUCAUAUUUCAGGUUUCAAGUCGAAAAUUAUGGUAACAAUCUUUUAAACUAAAAUUUGAAUUAGUAUCGUCUGAAUUUUUAAGAAAUACUGCAUUUUUAAAAAAAAUCUAGCAUUUUAAAAAUUUAACGCUUCAAUAGAUCUAGUUUUAAUGUUCAGUAUUGAUUAUCUAGCGAUUUAAUAUAUUUUUGGAACUUACAACAUUUUAAUCAUCCCUGUAAUUAUCCCUGUAAAUAUUGCCCACGGGUUGGCAAGGUUAUAUAAAAUACACCAUCUAACGACAUUACAUAACUGACGUCUAACAACAUAGUGGGUUUUUCUAAUCUGUUUUCCUCUUUUUCCAGAUGGCUGAAAAACAGGUAAGGAAUUUCUUUUAUAGCAAAGGUUGCUUGCUAAGGUCACGCCAUUUAAAAACGUCCAAUAACGUCUCUCAUAGAAUUAAAGUGGACUCAAACUAAAACGAUUCUUACUUGACAGCCUCAAAAUGGGAACUGAAAAAUUUGAUCGCGUCGGCUUCUCGUGGAUUUGAGAAGGAACAAUUCUUUAAUGCUAUUAGCAACUGCUUCGCUCGUUGGAGGUCGGGUGCCUCCAGUAACUAGGGGCUUCCACUUUGGGCAGCCGCCUCCUAUAACGAAUAGGGAGUUUAUGCAACGACGACGGCGACGGCAACGAGAACGGCAAAAAAGCAAUAGGUUUAGACAAGCAAAACAACAACUUUGCACGUGCAUCACGUUCUUUGAUACAUUUCUCUGCCUUCGUUGCACGACUACAACGUGAAACUGCCUAAUUUCACGUUUUGUCGCAGGACGGGGACAAAAGACAACAACUUUCUUUUUCUUUUCCGGAACUUUGAUGGAGUCCUUUAGAAUCAACUCCACAAAAAUUUGCCAACAUUUGACGAAUCAAACGAGAUGGAAUAAACGCGAUAAAGUUUGAGGCAGCGCAAAUUCACUUUUAAGUGACGUUUUCGUAGCCGUCGCCGUCUUCGUUGCGUGAACUCGCUAAUGACACUCACAUGGCUGGCACAACUGCACAACCUAGCAGUAAGGCCUUUUACAUAGGAAAAAAAUGCACCCGUCAUCCGUGGCAAAGCAAGGGGGAGGGAAGGGAGAGUAAGAAAACUGGCUUAAUAAAACUUCUCACGCUGCCCAAAACAUACUUCACGUGGACGAUGCAACGAGCCACUGAGCAUGCGAAUACAGUCGACCACUGACCACUAGCACCGGUACAUGUACCAUUAGUAAACUGGUUGAUCGGUCAAAGGACGAAAAGAUUUUACGAUCAGUCACAGUUGAACAGUCGUCUAUUGUUAGUCAAAUUAUCAGUUCUCCAGUCGUUCUCUCGUAGUUAGUUUUGCUUGAUCUCGUCAAUAAGUCGUUUGUACGGCGCUGGUAACUGCGUAUGUAUGGACGCCUUGCGAGCCUACUUCGUUAAUAGCAUUCCACUUUGUCCCAUGACUCCCUGCAAACUUCGACAAUCGCUUUGUGCAUGCUUCAGUCGAUGCACGAAGGAAAGGAUUUUAAAGUUUGGCUCGAGGAUAUUAGACGCAUCAAAAGACAAAGUAAACAACGCCGGUAAGUAAAGAAUCCCUAAGAAAAGGCACGCUAUACUUUUUAGAUUUCACUUACUGCGGGCUCCGCCAUGCGCUGUGUUUCAGAAAAGAAGAGGAUAUAAUCAAUGUUACACUUCACUUCGUACACAACAGGUUGUUUGAAAUUAAUCCCUCCUUGCGUGUGUAUAAAAAUUGCCAAAAUCAACACGAAAUUAGAACAACAAAUACCUAAAGCAUAACAUUUGGAAGUGGGCCUUACUAGAUCAUGAUCUAGGAAUCUUGAACGGUUCAAAAGUAGCCGCAAGUCAUUGUACUAAGUGUCUCAUCACUGAUCGAAUACAAAACGAUUUACGAUGAUUUGCGGCUUUCAAAUAACGUGACCUUACCACUAAUUAGGAUGUGUUUACUCAAAGUCGAUACGUAGCAGAUAAAUGUAUCCACCGUGACUUUGCACCUAAUGCCUAAUAUGAGCAGAUAAUGGCGGAAUUCACUGCGAAAAGUUCCAAAUAGACAGGGCCGUUUGUUCCAUGGUUUUAUCAGAAUGUUGCGUAAACAAUCACGAUGAUUCCGCUCCAUGCAAGAGUACAUAACAAAACCUUCCCACCCACAUUGAAAAGCCACGCGACAUUAAUUCUUUACUUGACCGAUUAUGAGGUAUUAUAAUAUUGACGGAACUUUUAAGAUAAACACCAGAGCCACUUGAUACACGUUAAUUAUAAAAGCCUGACAACAGAGACUACAUAUUGUUAUUUGUCCAUUGACAAAAUUGACUUUGACAUAUUAGAUCACCCAGACUGCAGUCAAGUUACUUUUCUGUCUAACCUUGUUGGCCUUUCCAAACGUAAUCAAUCGGCCUAUUCAGAGCAAAGAACAUUAUGCGGGAGCAAAGAGCGCAAGAAAAAGGAAAUAAUUUAACAGCUACAAUAAAAAAAUGUUUACACUUGUCACCGGAGUUGACAUAUCAAUUCUGCAAAACAGCAAAACAAUUUUAAAAGCGGAAGUUCAAGCAUAGCACAAACAAUUUUAAAAAGUUCACUUUCCAUAUUUUUAAAAAACCAAAUACGCACAGGUUUUUAAUUUCAGAAAAUUCAUCAACUUUGUACGACAACACCUACUGUGCUAUUACUAACACUGCUGGAAACGUGUUUCAUCCACGUUUAAUGAGUUAAUAACUUUUCCUUUUUCAAACCUUUUGAAAUCAAAAAUGAUUAUUCAGGUAUAUCGGCUUGGCAGAAAACCAAAAAUAUUAAGGGAACGGCGUUAGAACUCACUGCACCCACUCUCAGAUCUCUUUCUAAGUGAGUUACUUAAAGAUGAUUCUACGCUACAUGCUUUCAGUGGAUAGAUAACAGGGAUGAUAGGGGUGGACAAACUGAAAAUGGCUUAGAGCGCGGUUUUGUUUAAAAAUAGCUCAAGUCAUAUUUAAUAACAGCCUCUUACAGUUCACGGUUCACUUACAAAGCUCUCAGUAAUUACUCAUUCCCACAUAUUGUGCCUCUAAUUCACGCACGCUAUAGACUAUCUAGCCAAGAAUUAUUUCCGUCAAUGUUAAAAUCUUAGAUAACGAAAAACAAACUAACAAGGUCGAAGCUCUAACGAACGAACUAUUUAGACAUUAUUUAGACAUUAUAGAAGAGAAAGACAGUAGGCUCGAGAACUUUUAUUAAUGCACUUAUCGACUACGUGCAAUGACAUUUCAGGUCUCAGGUCGAAAAUUACAGUAGUAAUCUUUUUAACUAGAAUUUGAAUAAGUAUCGUAUGAAUUUUUGAGAAUUAGGGCAUUUUAAGAAUCUACGUGUCUCAUUUAAGGUUUACUUCAACAAGCGAUUUCCACGUCUUAAAUUCCCAAAACGAAGACUAUAGCGACAUAAAUAAAUAGAAUGACACUUUGUGUUGCUUUUCCCAGCCGAUACAUCAUUGUCAUUGAUAUCAAACUGCCUAAAAAAGCGCUUAAGAAUGUAGUGACUUGUAAAUUUUGCCUCGGUUUUGUUGUAACGCAUGCGCCUUUAUCUACCGUGACAUAGCUUAAAGUUUCGGCGUUGUAAUUAAACUCUGAGAAGCGCGAAUGCAUAAUAACAGCAUAAUUUUCCUUUUCUUGGUAUUUAGAGAUACUAUAGUUGCGAAUAAAGCUGCCAAACCUUCCUUUUCACCCCUGUAUCUGUAACGCAAUGACAUUUGAUAUGCAAUGGCGUUAUGUAAUCGGUAUACCGCGUGACUUAUUUUUCAACAUCGCUGUUAAAGUAAAACCGUUCAGUUUUUUUCAUCUACUACGGUGAAAAUAAGAUGGUUAUUAAAGUCCGUUAGAGCUAGAGAGCAGAAAAAGUUGUGUGCUAUGUUAAUUUCUAUUUUCUGACGGUCUACCAUCACCACGGUCUACCAUUCUGCAACAGUAAGAAAUAGAAUAUAUUAUUAUAUUUAUCUCAUAUGAUGGUAGACCGUGUAGACCGUGUAGACCGUUGAAGCACGUAAAUUCCUGACAUUGCUGUGCUGGAAAAUUGCUUUUCUUGGGGAUAGUGUCUUCCUUUUUGCAAAGAAAUAAAUUUCCUUACCAAGUACAGAACUACAAAGCCACGUUGAAUGCGAGCUCUCGCGACUAUGUUACUGAAAUACGCACGUGAAUUUUCAUUAGCUGAUGCCUAUAGCCACACUCGGGCUUCAAAAUCGAAACAAAGUUGUAAGACGACCAAAGAGUAAACACAAAUCCAAACUUGUGUUAAGUAAAGUAAAGUCGCCAACAGCUGCUUUUUAGCGUAACUUUUCUUUCCUGUAAAUGGCAGGCGAUAAAAGAGGAACCACGUCCACGUACUUAUCGGAAACAACACCUAAAAGCUAUCUCCUUGAUCUAGCGGGGCAUCUUACGUCACUUUCCUUCCAUAAAUAAACAUCUUUUAACCGAGUUCGAAGAAAAUAUAUUAUUUUUCGCAUCUCUGUAGCGUUUUAGGACCAAAAACCCCUUUCGUUGCAGCUUACUUAAGAUGGUGUGGCAUCUUUUGCCACGUGCUUCCUUUAAAAGCCCAAGUUCUUGCAUAUUACCACAUAAACAAAAGGGCCAACAACCGCCGUUUUUGUCUCGCCAUUUUUAAACAGGCACACUGACAAAAAUGAAAUACUGUUUUUUAUAACCACCUCCUUAGGUGCUAAGAGUGCACCACGUUUUACCCCGUUUAAUAAUCGUGCACCACGGCUAUAGGGGUAUGAAGGACUCAGACAACCAGUUGCAAAAAUGAUGAGACACUCCCACGGAAAAACGACCUUUCUUGCUUCAAAUCGCUCCUGGUCACAGGUCUGUAAAAUAUAAUACUGACCUCCCUCCUCCCUCCCAUUCAAAGUUGUUCCUCCAAGUUUUGAGUAUGGUCUUGUAUUGCUAGCAACUUUGAUAAGGGGUGGAGGGGGGAUCACAAGCACAAGAUCAUGGACAGGCCAUUUAUGCCAAAAUACGGUACAGUGUCUCAAGUACUUUUGCAACUGGUUGUAGCAUUUCAAAAAUUUAACGCUACAAUAGAUCUAAUUUUAAUGUAAUUAACUGUCUAGCAAUUUAAUGUAUUUUUCGUCCUUUUAUCAUUUUUAUUUGUUAUCCUGUAAUAAUGACGUAAUUCAACCCACGGGUUGCAAGGCUAUAAAAACUACCCCAUGUAACUACAUUAUAUAGCCGAAGUCUAACAACAUAGUGUUUCUAUCUGAUCUAUUUUCUUGUUUUUUUUCCAGAUGGCUGAAAAGCAGGUAAGGGUUUUGUUUCAUGGCAACGGUUGUUUGCUAGGAUCACGCCAUUUAAGCGUCCAAUCGGAGCUAAUAACAUCUCUCAUAGAAUUAAAGUGGACUGAAACUAAAACGAUUAUAACUUGACAGCCUCAAACUGGGACCUGAAAAAUUUGAUCGUAUCGGCUUGUCGUGGAUUUGAAAGGGAACAGUUUUUUUAACACUAUUAGCAACUGCUUCGCUCACGGAAGGUUGGGUGCCUCCAGUAUCUAAGGGCUUCCACUUUGGCCAGCCACUUCCUACAACGAAUUACACCUAUAUGGCUGGCAUAACCGCACAACCAAUCAAUGAGCCCCGUUACAAAGCAAAAACAUGCACUUGUCAUAAAUAGAAAAGCAAAGGGGAGGGGGAAUGAGAUAACUGGCUGAAGAUAACUUCUCACGCUGCCCAAAACAUACGUCGUGUGAACGAUGUAGCGAACUACUGAGCAUGCGAAUACAGAUCGACCACUGACCAGAAGCACUGGUGGCGUUCUUUGUUGUCAAAUCUUUUAACCCAUUCGCCCCUACACCGUCCGUGCGGAACCAUGUCCCUUGUAUCGCUUGUGACGUCACCAGUUUAAGAGGUAAACAUCUAACUUGUGCAGGGGGAAGAGAUCUUUCAAAUCAUACCGAUUCAGUCAAGAAGGCCAGAGAAAAAGGCAAAAAAAAAACUUUUUAACAUUAAAAUCGAUGAAAAUCUUCUUGCACUACCCACCCGUACUUCCUUCCAUCUAAUCCUACGAUCCUAAAGGCUUUCCCAUCAACGUUUCUGUAUCAAGAAAAGCGAAAGAAGGGGAGAAAGGAAAGCGAAAGGAAAAUUCCUGCGCAUACCCGAACUUCGGAAGCUGAUAGUAUUUUGCAUCUGGAAUAGAAAGCCGCGAAGUGCACCACCUGCAAAUAGCGUUUAGUUAAGUUUUAGCUUUUAAUAGCCAUAAUAGCCAUAGAAAACGGCUUGACAAGAUUCAACAUGUGUUUCAAGGCCAAAUUCCCAGGGGGCGAAUGGGUUAAAAUGCAUUUAUAAGAAAACAAAAUUAGUAAGCUUCCCAAACUAAACUUACUUAACUCAACGGUCAGUUGUGAAGGUGUAUGUUCAAGCUUCUCACAAUUUUGCAUGAAUAACGUUAGAAACGAAAAAAAAAACACAAGAAUAACAUUUUGCAUUUUUCAUUUACUAGCUAGAUAGAUGUGAUCUCCAUUUACUUAUUUAUUUAUUUUUGCCUCACCUUCGUAGACGGGGCAAGAGAAUUCAAAUGGAGGGGACAACAGCCAGCUGAACCAGUAAGACAUCGUUCCUUAGUAUUUUCAUAUCAUUUGUUAUGUAGCCCGUUUGGAGAAGUACACAAUCGAUUAAAUUAGUUUACAAGAAGGUGACUUUUCCUCAUCAAACCCUUGAUGACUAUCUUUUUCUUUCUCAUUCCUGUAUGUCUCGUAGCUAAGGAACUGUCCGGAGAAAAUCAAUUAACGGGAAAACGUUUAUUUUAGGGUUCACGAAGAAGAAGAAGAGCAGCCAGAUUUACAGCUGGUUAAUAGCAACAAUACAUUGGACGAUGGAAAUGUAUGUAACAGUCUUAGCUAUCAUUUAGGCCUAAACAGUGUCUACUGCACUAUAACGAAUAGCUCUUGUGCCGGCACGAAAACCAUAUUGGAUAGCCAUCAGGGCUUUUGUUCACAAACAAGAACGGUGAUCUCUGUAACUAACGUCAGUCACUUCUAGCUUUAUCAAACUUGGCGUUUUAAUGCAGCAUGGUGGCAUUAUAAAAAAAACAUAUAUUCACUAGAGCGAGUGCAUGUGGUUACAGAUUUUAUCAUAUACACUCAUGUAUGUAAUAAAAAUUCUCUAUUAUUUUUCGAAUCCCCCGUAAUACACUCUGUUGCCCCCCAAAAUUUGCAUGAACCAUUGUUCUCAUAUGCUCCUUGGAGUAUUGCAUUUUCCCAAAAGCAUUUGAAGACAAUAACCCCUGCAAAAUUUGGAGGGCAAACAGAGUAUAUUAAGGGAGAUUGGAAAAUAGUCAAUUAACCAAUAGACCGUUUUCACAUGACGUCACGUCCGCCAUAUUGGUUUUCCAAAACAAUGAAACGGCGGCCAGGUGGGUGUCCCAAACCAGUCCUAUGGGAGAUGAACCUUUUUAUUUCUUUUGUUCCAACAAAUUUGCAUAACAGCUGGCCACGUGAGUGAAAACGCUCUACUCUUGGUUGCAACGUCGUGACAAGGCGGCCAUGUUGGUGGUCGAUAAAAUAGAAUUUUUUCUCGAACAAUUUACAUGAAAAUGGAGUGUAGUUCCCAGAGGAGAGAAAUGCUUUUGUUCUUGACCAACAAAAUCGCCGCCGUGACGUAACGUGCAAACCAGAAAUAUGUGAGUUCAUUCCUAUUUCUUUGGUAUGCUAGCUUUUUCCACGUCCCGGUUGGACACAAAAAGGAAAAAGAGUGCAGCAGUGCACUGAAGAGGACCCCCCAGGGUAUGGAAUAAAAUAAUGUGUUAUUCAUGUUCUCCUAAUAAAAUAAAAAAACAAAUUAUUCCCUGAACUUCCCUGGACUCGUGAUUAUCGGUCUUAUUUAGUGUAAAGAUACGGUAAAUCAGGCCACAAAAACGUGCACCUUGUUUUGCAACAUUGCUGCAAACAUGUUGAAAAGCGGUUUUGCGCGUUUUACCACCGACGAAUCAAACCUGCCUUGCAACAAAUCAGGAUGUUGCAGGUUGCAAAAAGUUGUUACAGAAAGUAGAGAGUAGUUCUACUUGUUUAGCAACAAGUGAGGUAACUUCCGUGUAUGUUGUGACUCCCGCGCAAUUUAAUCCAAUCAGAAGUCAGUAUUCACACAACUUGCAACAGCCUGAUUUGCUGCAAGACAGGUUUGAACGAAGGUGGUAAAACGCGCAACAUUGCUUUUCAAAUCGUUUUGCAGAAGUUGCACGUUCUUGUUGCUCGUUUUACCACAGCUUGCAUGACGCUUUGGAAACUCUCCACUUGUUUCCACUAGUUUGAUUCUACUCAAUAAGCAAUUGGCCAAACGAAAGGCGCGCAUAAAUCAGUGGGUAUAGAACAAUUAUAAGACGUCUGUAUUGUAAGCAGUCUUUCCCUUUUACUUCUUCUUCGUGCGUGCUUCUGGAGGGUAAGAUGAGAGACACAGUUUUCCUAUUUUUGCUCUGAAGAUGACUUAAUUGGUCGAAAACGUUUGAUUUCAAUAUUUCUACAACAUUUUACACUUAUAAGAUAAUAUUUUAGUUUCAGUUCUAUUUUCUUUUUUUCUUGGCUACUCACUUAUGGUAUGUAAUCAAAAUGUAAUACUCCUUAACAAUACUGCAAUUAAAUACACAAUAUAAAGAGUAAAACAACACUUCUUUUGAUCUUUCCUUUUAGGAGUAUUGACACUGAAACAGGAAAUCCCCAGGUAGGCACCUACGACGUACAAAUGUAGCUGUAAAAAAUGGUUUCGUAGAUCGUAGAGUCCGGAUUUAGAUUUUUGAUCUAAUGAAUCCACUUGAGCAAUGAGUUCCUCUUUGUGUUCACAAUCCAGUAUUGUAUCUUUUUUGUAACAAAAAAAGGAAAAGAAAAUCCGUUUUUGGAUGCAAGAACUGAAAACGUAUUUCUAUUCUCUCAAAGAAACGUACCACUCUUAGACGAGCUUUCUAAUGGUGUCGUAUGUUAAAUUUAAGAUAGUUUUAAUACAAAAAUGUAUUUGGGAGUUUAAUCUCUAGUUUCUUCGAAACUUAACAGACCCGAUGCAAAAAUGGCUGUUGGAUUAAUAUUCUUUUGUUUAAAUCAAAAUUUGCCUGACUAGCCUCGUUCGUCAGUACAAAAUUAAAAAGAAUACAUUAUCUCAAGUGGGGCUAAUCAGGCUAAUUUUAAUUUAAACAAAAGAAUAAUAAUCCAGCAGCCAAGUAUGGGCACCCUUGGCAUGAUGCUGUGUUAAUUCUUUCUUAUAUGUCGCUUUUAUUUUACAUUUUUUCACAGGAACACGACUGCUUGUGUGAGACAUGUCAAGGCACAUCCAGAGAUAAAUGAUGUAAUUCUUGUUAAGUUACAAUUUCUUAAAAUACUCAAAGGAGAUCAAAGGCUGUAAUCAAGACCACUACAUAGCUCUCUCCCUCUCUGUCUCUCACGUUUAUAUUUAUCGUAGAUACUGCAUAAACUGAACUGAACUAAACAACUUCAUUGACGUGCCACAUCUUCUGGCUGGACACAUGUAGCCCACUAAUCUAGUUGUAGCAGAAAAAUUUGCACAUGCAAUAAGUUUGACUCACAUACCAAGAACAAUCGCAACCGGGACAAGGUGAAACAUAUUUCCCUUGUCUGGAUUUCUGCGAUAUUUAUUAUGUAAAGAGGUCUGUUUUCAACAUAAAUUAUGACUAUCCGUGACAUUUCAUGUAAACAUUACGUGACCUUUUAUGCCCCCAUCGUGAGGUGCAAUACUGGAAUAGGUUUUUUUGGUAGAAUCCGACAUCAUGCAUGAUAUGGAAUAUCCACGAAAAAAAUUGAGAAACUGAUUUUACGUUAGGAGAAAAACAAAAGAAUUGCACAUAAAUAGUGUGUAUUUUUAUAUAAAGUAUAAAAUUAAAUCAUUAAAGAAACAAGUUAGCGAACACAAAGAGUAAAAGUUGAUUUUGGAUUCAUGAAGCUGGAUGUGUUUGUUUCCUUGAAGGCCGUCUCUACGAAGAGGGUUUUACCUAGGGGUAAAACACACGUGAACUUGAUAUUCGUUUUCUGUCUUAUAAGGAAAGGCAGUAUAUAUGAUCAGAUCUGGAAGGUCUGAAGCCAAAAAUGAUCAAUUAACCGCAGGUGCAGGGAAUAAUCUUUUCAGACCUGUGCUUGUAGUUACAUUUCAACACUGGGAACCAGAACAGAAACAACUACGAACGUAGAGCAGGUUUGUUGGACGUAACAUUCAUACAGACGUUGCCUUACCUGUAAUCCUUGUGGUGCUAAAAAGCGAUCAUAAGGAAACAAAGGCAAGACAGGCUAGGCAAAAACUUUUGUUUCCUUGUCAGAAGCCCCUUGCUUAAUUUCUAAAUGCCAGGUCGCCGCUUCCGCCAAAAUUAAAAUUCUCAUUUGUCACCCUAUUCAUUUACCACAGAAGUAGUGGGGACAAGUUGAUAAAAUAUCAAUCAAACACAUCUUGUGUGAUCUUAUCCUUAAUUCUCAUGACCACUCUAUUUUACAAAGCAUUGCCAUUACAAGGGGAAAUUUGAUGUUGAUCACUCUUAGGGUUAAAAGGGUUAAACAUAGCCGUAACCCAAUUUUAACACUGGGAAUCAGACAGGAAAGCCUAGGUUCAUGAGAUAUUUAUUUUGCUCGUGCAAAAGGAAAAUCUAUUUACGUUGAAAGCUGUACUUUCGCCCAAUAUCCCGAUUUAUUUCACUCUUACAAUAUCUACCACUAUUUUCCGAGAGAUCUGCCCCUAUUUCCGAGAAGUGUUUGUGUACCUACACAAACAACUUCAUGUAAAACGUUGCGGAAGUGCCACAUCAAACGGAAAACAGAUGGAAAUCAAACAAAGGCCAAAUGAACAAUCGAGAAUUUAAUGUAACCGUUGACUAUAAAGUUCACUAAAUCGUGCAUAGACCGAAUUAGUGUGACUGUCAGAUAGUCAAAUAAAUUCACUUCUUUAGAACUGUCAACAAAUGUGUGUUCCGACUGAGCAGCGUUGAUUGAAAACAGAAUCUUAAAAUAUGCUAAUUCGAGCCAAUAUCCCAAAACACUAGCUCAUUUCUUUCUUUAUAACAUCAUGAUUUCUUAUCCAAGGGAAAUAUUGAGGGGAAAAUCCCUUACGCCAGAAGAUCCAUUUAUACAAUAAAACGGUAAAAUCCCUCCUAACUCUGUAGAGCGAGACGUGAUUUGGUGGGAGAAGUGAUUUUUCUAUUCCACAGCAGAGCCUACGUAUCACAGACGGAAUAUCUGCGUGACGUUUAACAAUUUCUUCUCAGUUAAUUCUACAUAAGUAAAAAAUUCUUGUUGUUGACCUGAAAACAGUGUAGAUGUUGUGGUUCAAUUUAUCCUUGGUUUAAAUUUUUCCCUUUGUUUUUGCUUGUCUGGGCACAUUAUUUCAGUAAAGGGAAAAAUCCCUGAAAUGCACUGAUGAUUACCUAGAGAAGGAUAUUUAAGGAGCGUACGAGCUAUGGAUUGGCCAUGUCAAAGACUCGCGAAACUGUUCAAGUCAGUUCUAAAUAGAAGGCUAAAUGAUGCCGCUUUUAAAAAAAAUAAGAAAACUACAAGACAAUUAGAAGCUUUUAUAGCUGGAGUUGCAACGAUCCGAUAAAGAAAUAUUUGGAAAGAGGUAGGUAGACGCUCAUACUUGCAUUAUGCGACGACAUAUUUACAUUUGGCAAGAAACUACUUAUGGAUUCGAAAGCUUUUAAAAGACGGUGCAGGGUUGGACAGUCUCUUCUCUGAGAUAAUCGUUCUUUGAAGAGAUUUUCUUUUUUGUUUAGGUUUGCGAAGUGGUAUAUAAAGAUUCCAUGGUUUCAAGGUCAGAGUAUGUUUAAAGUCUUCGCCACAUUCGCCUCGAAAUCGCGGAAGUCAGUUCGUGAGACCCUCUAUUUCUUCCUGAAGACCUUCAUACAUGGUAUCGCUUUAUCGCAGGCGAUGUGUUUACAUUAAACUGAAGACAAAAAUUGUACAGUGUAAGUCAAGAGAUACGACACUGGUUGUAAGUUUGAUUGAAUCAUGUCGUAAGCCUACCGUAAAGACGUUGCAUGCGAUUAAGCUGUUGCAUGUAAACGGGGCUUGAAACACUGGGCCGGAAGUGAAUACUACAGCUAUACAAGAUGGUCACGAUUGGUUGGAGUUCUAAAUCACAUGACUGUCAUGUGUAAAGAAAAGCGCGCCAAAAGCCAAGAUGAUGAAUGAACAACAGCAGUAUAUAACACAAAAUAACGACGAAUUUCUAUGAGCUGCAGUGAGUAUUUGCUUUAAAGAUUUUUUAUCCCGUUUUAAUACACCUUUAGACAAACAUUGAGCCGCGAGUAUCCAAAUAUUGAAGUGGCUGAUGUAGCUACAGUCUAUCAUAAAACAAAAGGGGUAUUGUUUUUACCUCCCUUAUAAAGCAGUCAUCAGACACGUGAUAAGUGGACAGAAACACAACUCGUGUGCAUAUGAAACAAUCCCGUCGUCAAAGUGAGAGAACCCACGUGAGUACACUGCGAGUAAGGAACCUUGCUAAGAAGCUUUGAGCUUUCCUUUGAAAAAUAAACUGUGCAGGGAUACCUUUUCAAACGCAUCACUCAGGUAGGUAUGAAAUCUUCGCAGCUGAUUGUUCAUUUGACAUUGCGAUGGUCAACGUUACGAGAAAGAAACAGUUAACUCUGCGCAUAAAAUCUCAUUGAUCGGGCAUAUUAAACAGCAAAAGCACGCCCAUCAAAAAUCCAAGACACUGACUUUCACCCUAAAGGCCCGAAUAAGUGACAAAAUAGCAGUUACUAGCUGUAACUAAGUAGGAAUCUCAAUUUAGGCAGGCGUGAGCUCCAAAGACAUUCAAACUUCACAUGUACGUAACUGUUUCCAUUGCUCUCCAUUUCAAUUGCUUUUCGUUUUUUCUUCAAUUUCACAGAGUUCAGAGAAGAUCAUGGCAGAUCGAAGGGAAAACAACAGUUUUAAUGUAAGUAUCGGAACACGCGACUUCUUUAAAAAGUAUUUUACUCAUGGUGUGAAUGACCAAUGUUGCCACAAACUGAAAAUGUCGCUACAUUUGAUCUAAUAAUCAAUCUUGCUUUACUGUACAAACACUUGUACCACGAUAUGAUAAAUUGAACUUUCGCAUUGUUCGGUAAAAGAAUGUGGAAACGAAUAGAAAGAUACAUUUAUAACUACAUAUGCCUAAAAAUGGAACACGAGUCGCCGCCUUGAUCGUCAGCGAUUCUGCUUUGGGUGCUACUGUGUUAAGUGUAUUAGGAGGUGACAAUCACCAUUCAGUCUUUGCAUGAAAACAUAUCCACUUAAGAUAAAUUUACGUUUUGAUUGAUCUGUGGAUAAAUUCCCAAAACGUGAUUAUUUGCAGUUCGUCAAAGGUACUGUCUUGUUUGUUUGCUUUUGUUAUUACACAUUUUACACCAAAAAUGCUAAAAGAUAAAAAUAUUUUAGACAACUACGCAUAUAUUUUAGCAAAUUUUUUCUGCGUAUGGUAGCUUGCGUACUGAACAGCUCAAUGCUAAUUCUCGCUUUCUCUUUAAUUUUAGGAGCUGCCCAACAUAGGGUAAGUCAAUAGCUACUUAGGAGUCAUUCCAAACAUAAUUUAAUGCACAUUAAAUUAGGUCUCCCUCAUAGAGUCUAGCCUUUCCUAGGAAUAGCUAUACAUCUUCAGUUGGACUCAAACAAAUUAGCUGUUUUUCAAACGAAAUCAUUGAAAAAGCUUCUGUUGUGUAUCAACGGAUACUAGAUAUAAUGAACACUACUAACAAUCAUGCAUGGAAAUAAAGUGAUCACAUUUGAAAGUGUAAUUAGGUUUGCAAGGUAUUAAAACUUGAGCUAAACAACACAAAAUACUUAUGGGAGUCAUAUAUAUGGUUUUGUAAGGUUAUUAAAAUUGUAGGGCCAUGACACACUGUUACAGUAUAGUAUUGUCAAAACUUGUAGUAUAAAAUCAAAUUCCUUUACAGUGAUCAUGAAACAUAAUUCAGUUAAAUUUUGAGUCAAGAAAUCACAAACAGGCCCUUCUGUGUAUUCAGGUUGACUCACUAGUAAUAUUGAUAAACGUUUAUUGUGUAAAUAUUAGACAUGUUUGGGCAGGUGUGUAACACCCAAUGUCUGUAUAUUGCUAAACCUGGUAAUUAGUGUACGAUUUAGAACAGUUUGCAGACUAACUGUAAGAGUAGACAUCUGAAGAAAUUAGCUCUUAGGUCAGGUAUUGAAGGAGUCACAUCACAAUCCAAACAUCUAGUAAAUUCUUUACCCCUUUUAAACCUUCCACACACUCAGGACACAAGCACCACAACAUUAAAAUGCAUGCAUGCUCAUUGCAAGUUACUAUUUUGAGGAAAGCAUUAGGUACAAGAUUUCUCACUACAAAAACACCACCGACCACUAUUUUGGACACAAGAAGUGACCCUCUGAACAGGAUAUUAAACAAAAUACUGUCACCAAAGAUGAACACAUGCACCUGUUCCAUAAUGUUGCAAUAAUUUAAAUAUUACUUACCCUCAGACUUCAUCUUUGUUGCCUUCCAGGUUUCCCCAAGAUCAAAUUUCUUCCCUAGAGGUAACAAAAGUUUUCUCUAAUGAAUGGCUUUCUAAACGAUUAGCCAGGAAUUAAUACAUAUACACUUCAAAGGCUUAGUCAUGAACUGAGAUAUUCAAAUCAGCAACAAAUAACUAUUACAGUAAAACCCUAAUUAAAAUAAUGAAAUGCUUGGGGACUGAGAGAAUGUGUUUACUACUGUCAAGGUAAAGCUGCACAAGUCAUGAAGCUCACAAUUGGCUAGAAAUAAUCCCAGGUUCUGUAGCACAAAGCACCUAUUAUUGCUACCAACCCUUCCCCCCCCUCCCCCCCACGUGGACACGAUGAUAGUCCAUCACAGGGUGACCUCCAACGUUAUGUUGCUGUUAUCCGUUUGUACACCUGGGUGAAGAGAGAUGGUGAAGCAAAACUUCCUCACUACUCAAAUGAUACCGCACUUAAUUUCAUUCCAGAACAAGUUCAUUUCAUCUCCCCACACUUCUAUGUAUUUUUUUACUUCAAUGACAUUUUGUUCCUGUAGAAGUCAUUCCGGAAGAAGUUCAUUCUGGUUUUCAAUCCAAGUGAAAUUCUUGUUCUGGUGUUGAACUUUAUUCUUGAAGCAUGAAGUUGAAAACAACUUCACCUCAAAUUGAAAAAGGCAGAUUACAUGUAGUCUUGAGCAAGUGGCGCAUGUGUAUCUGAUCUGGCACAAAAAACUGUCUAUGUAAGCGAGAACAUCUUAGACUAAACCGCUGAUGUGAAUGCAGUAUGAACUUCAUUCUAGAACAACACUUAUUCUGAAAUCAUUCCUGACCAGUUUCAUGUAAACAGACUAUAAGAUGACAACAUGACAGCAAGGCUUGAACUUGGAACAACAGUUCCAAAAUUCAAGGUGUUACUAUACUACCCAGUCACCAUGCGUCCGCAGACACCCCAGCCAGGGCAUCAUACACCCUGUAGGCCAAUCAAUUUCCCAGUUCCUAAUGGCACUUCAGCGUUAAACUGUGCAAAAAGGAUAGUAAUGUUAUGCAAAUAAUUGAACUAGAAACACCACCAUACAUCACAUUGAAUAUAAAACACUUAUACAAGAUUUGGAGUGAAAGAGAAGCAGUACUUAUGUGCAAAAAAGUCUUAAAAUAAGUAGUUUCAAAUUUUAUCAGCCAUCUGCUCAGACUACCCCUAUCAUUUGAGGGUGUGGGGGGUGUUCACAUGCUAUGUAGCAAUACGAGUAUUGCAGCUAAUUACAUGCAUGACUUUGACACCAGCAUGAAUUUCACACAUUUCUCUUGUGCAGCUUGGAGAGCAUCGUGAAAGGGUCAGCACUGAAGAAAUGAGGUAGCAUAUUAUCUAUUGUUAUCUAAAGCAGCAAGUAAAAAAUUAAUAUGUGGGAAACUUAAGACAACAGAGAACCUCAUUUUGCUUAUUUCUUCCAGUGAUGUUAAGAUCCAGUUGCCACUUAACUUAGUUUUAAUUAUUAAUAGUAUUUGAAUUUUCAAGAAUUCCCAUAUAUUCAUGGUCGAGGGCAGGCCCUUAGAUAUUUUUAACAUCCAGUGCACAGCCUGGCACAAUUUUUGCAGGCAAGUAUUCAGUAAUGUACCAUAUUUAUACAAAUAGGUGCCCAACCUAGAAUUAACACCCACCACAAAUAAGCACCCAUCCUUAAGACAGAAAAAGUUAAUAAGUGCCCAGUUUUGAUUAAGCACCCACCCCCACCUCUUCUCCUACUGCCACUAAAUCUCAAAUAAGUUGUAUCUGCCUCUCAGGCGACUAACCCAUUUGCUGACGUUACAAUGUAGGACAUCAAGGAGGCAGCACCAGAGAAUUCACUUACUGACUUGCAUGACAAUGAAAUUGAAAUUGAAUAAGUACUAAUAAGAGACUUCCCUGAGGACCGAGUUUUCUUCGGAGUAUUUUACAGAAAACUUGCUGUUACAUCUUCACAUUUUGUUAUUACCAUUUAUUAUUUUAAUGCAAAAUAAGCAUACUAUAGCUAUACUUGCUGAAAAUGGUGAAAAUUUAAUAAGCACCCAGCCUCGAAUAAGCGCCCACCCAAGGUCCAACAAUUUAAUAAGUGCCCAGGGUGGUUAAUCGAAUAUAUGUGGUAUGUCCCGCACGUUUAAAUGUAAACAUGAACAGGACAUGUUUCAGUGCACAAAGUGUCAUGUUUUUUUUAACUUUACUACAUCAGUUUAGUAAUUCUAAUUUUACUUUUCCUUUAUUAUCCCAUUAUUUACUGCCUUUGAAGUUUUGGCCUUGCUAGUUCUUUGAACUUAUGAGAACCAAUAUUUUCUGCCAUCCUUAAUUCAGUAUGAGACGGGUAUUCCAUUUUUACUAUCCUCCGUCUGGCCUGGCUACCUUCCAAUUUUCCAGCUUUGCUUCAAGCAGUAAAAAUGUAAUCAAAAACUGAAGCUAAAUUACUAUGCAGUGCAAGAAAGAAAAACACAGAGUGACUGCUGUCUAUUCCCCAGUAAAAAUAGAAUAUUCCUUGCCUACAAAGGAAGGUAAGAUAGGUGACGCCAAAUCCAUCUAUAUGAAACUACAGUUGACCCUCCAUUUAGCGGUCACCUAUUAAGCAGCCAUCCUCUAUCAAGCAGCCAGUAAUCAUAGUCCCAAAAUAAAAUUGCAGAAAAGAAUGGGAAAUUAAUAAGCAGCCACCACUAUGAAGUGGCAGCAGCCAACUUUUGGCCACCCCAACAAGAAUUCUUCCACUGCUGUAACCUCAACUGUGUAACUAUCCCUUAAGCGAAGUAUCAGUUUGCCUCAACCAUGAGGACCUCGGCUUUCGUCCAAAAAUAAGGGGGCUGCCCCCCCAGAUCCGCCUCUGUCAAGUUACAUUUAAAGUGCAUGACUUGCCAAACUUCUCUGUCACACUACCUUUUAAAUUUUUUGCUCAUAAUAUAACAUUCAAGUCAUACAAUAAUGUACAUGUAAUUUAAAACACUUCGCACUUUAUCUCCACAUUAGGCCUAGACAAGCUCAAGCCUACUACUCAUACCUUUUGGAACUACUGUUUACAAAUAAUGAGAUGGUAAGUUCUAUUAUGUAGAACUUAGAAUACAAUAUAAAUUUCAAUUUUAACAAUAAAUUUAUUAUUAGUCCACUUUUAUGGAUCACAUAUAAAAGCAUGUCGCUCCACCCUCAGAAUCACGCUGCCACAAUAAUAAUGGAUACUCCUUGGGUUACUCCAUCUAAGGCUGUACUUGGUAACCUGAACAUUGUCCAUUGUCCAUUGUCCAAGAUUAGCAUGGAGCCAAACACAAUAUUGCACUACAUGUAGGAAGAGUAGCAUAACGAUAGGAAUAGUGCUUGCUUAUUUCUUCAUUCCACUAUUUACUUAUAUACUUAUUUAUUUCAUUCAUUUAUUUUAUUGCAUACUUGUGUACAUCAGUUAAUAGUACAUGGCAGUGACCAUCUCAUAAGCUUUUCUUAGCUACUUUGGUCACUGCAAAUAUUUUACUUUUCACCAUUUGUGUGAUUGUUCUCCUCUUUUUUCCUCUUGUAAUGUAUUGUAUUUACUUAUGAUAUUUGUCAGUAGUAGAAAACAAUAAAAAAUCUGAAAUCUAUAAUCAGUAUAGCAAGACUAAAGUUUUUCGUUAUCAUUGUCAUUAGCAACAUCAUCAUCAUCAUAAUUCUUGUCAUCGUCAUCAUUAUUAUCAUCACUAUGCUUUGCAAACUUAAUAGUGUCAGAUUUUAAUUUGAAUGAUUGAUCUCAGAAAGGAAAUCUAUUUCAAUAGGAUUUCAGACACCGCUGGUGAAGGGCUUACUAACUAUCAGGGUGCUAAGAAAGUCACUUUUACGGCUUUACAGCUUGUAUGUACUAGCCCGAAAGUCAAUUCAGCUAGCCUGAAAAAAAAAUUGAUAAGCAGGAUUUAUUAUAGUUCUGCUGUAAUUUGAAUUCCCCCAAAAUAAUCGACUUGCUCGUCGGGUAAGAACAGAAUUCACUAGCCCGAAAAGCAAAAUACACUAGCCCCACGAUAUCGUAUACCACUUUCUUUGCAUGCUGCCUAUGUAGUAUUUUUAAGAUAUCAGAACAUGCACCUUGUAAACUAGUUGUGUAAAAAAACACUUCUUGUUUAUUGGCACUCAAUAAACACAAACUCACUCCAAGACAUUAGACAUUAACAUCCAUAAGUUAAAGGUAAGAGAAAACUAAAUCACCUUGAAAGAAAACCAGAACAUCUUUUUUUGUUCAGCUUCAGGCAAAGCUACAAACAGAUAAUAUUAUCUUUUAUUUUUGAGCAUACAACCCAAUAAUUUUUGCCACCUUAAAGAUUGGUGAGAAAGUUGCAGUAUUUGAAUCAAUUAUGAGUAAUAUAAUAAAUAAGUCAACAGUCAAAGUUAUCACUACAGACACUUUGCAGAGUAAAAGCUCAACCAAUGGCAGCCUUUUGCUCAGUUUCAGGUGAAAUCGAGUACCUCCCCACAAAAGUACUUUUAAUUAGAAGUUUUCUGCAGAGCAAAUUUGAAAGAAUUCUCUUGGAGUACAACCAUUUGAGGAUUUGAUCUGAUCUGGGCACACCAGAUAUUACUUAGAUGGUUUCAGUAUGCAGACAACCACGCAAUCACAAUACACCCAGUACAUAUGCACAUCAAUGCCUCCCCUUCAUUGAUAAAUGGUGUACGUGUUUGGUAAAAGGUCUGCACUCAGCAGUAGGCAUUUCAUUUCCUUCCCCACUUCACCCGCUCUCUUAAAUUUUUGCUUCUUUUUGCCCCAUGCCUUCGCACAUUUUCCACACUCCUCCCCUUUUUUUGGUGAAAAGGAAAUGAAAAUGAAUGCUAUGCAGGCAAACAGUGACAUUGUUCUGUUACCUAAUGAUGGUCCCCCCUUACAGGAGCGUCAUUUGUAAAUGACACCAAUAUAAGGUCUUGGUCCUCCCAGGGGUUUCAAUAAGCAGCGACAACCGACAAAACAUGUUGGCUACAUUACUCAGAGAAGUCGGCUACUUUUUUCCCCCAAUGAAGAAGCAACUACUUUGAAUAAUGUCAUGGACAAAAACAGAAUUUGUUCACGCAAAAAUAUACGUAAUGUAGUAAUUAUGAUUUGUUCAUUGCUUGGAGGAUUUCAUUGUGUGGCUAAUAGGUCAAAAUUUGACUUAAAACUCAAAUCUUCCUGAAUGAAACUCUUUUAUACUCAGUUUAGUCCUCUGAUUACUGGAAAUCGCUUAUUUAGGGUUUUGUAAUUUUCAAAUUUUCUAAGGGAGCAUGCCCUCAGACACCUCUUGAAAAUGUGGACUACUGGCCUCUUGUUGAUACAGUCGGUUACUUUAUUCAAACCCUGGUCCUUAUGUGUAAGCGUGCGGUCAUCGUAAUUCAUGCCCGCGUAGUCAGCAUAAACGGUAAUUAAGAUACAUACAUGUAUUUUCCAAGCCAAGCUUACAAACUUUAUGUAUCUACUAUUUUUUCUUACGUUAGUGCAUACGGGAGUAUCUGCAGUAAUACAUGUAGCCCUCACCUUAAAAUACACUGUGCCUUCUCUACAACUACAUUGUACAAAUACAUUUUAAAAAUCCCCACUGAAAUAUUUUUCAAAAUGCUGCAUUGAAUGUUCAUCAGAAAAUUUUGUCCAACAAUUAAUGCAGCUGUUGUUCAAGGGGUUUGCAUUCUACUACAAUCUUUUCUCUCAAACACCUGCAGGGUGGAUCAGCUAUGAGAUAAGAGGGAGGAGCACUAGAAAGUGAAUGGCCGACAGCUCAGAAUUUUGCUGCUAUUAGCUUUGGGCAUGAUAACAGUCAUAUUACUCAACUAUAUAUAACAACCUAAAUGUAGUAAAUGUGCCCUAAUAUGUAUAAAAUGAAGGGAAAAAAGGAAUGGUUUAGAUUAGUUUGCAUACACCUACAGGGCUGUGCUCUAGCUUGCUCCUGGGCAACUAGGAAAUCUUAGUUUUUUCAUACAAAUCAUAUGCUGGACACCCUUGAUUUUACAGUUCCAGAGCAAUGGGCUUCCUUCAGUUUUCCUUAGAGCACAGCCUUGACAUAGGAAGAUGCAAUUGUUUUAAAAUGUUUUUGUUACAGCAUAAAAACAAACAGCAGUAAAAGCUUUGAUACUGAGGCAUAUAUUUUCUAAGUGUUUACAAUUUAAAAUUACAAAGCUAUUGAUUUGUGUUAUGGAGAAAAUUAUAUACUAUUUUAUUCACUGUCAGUCACUGUAAGUAAUAAUAUUGUUUAUUUUUAAAUCCCAUAAUUUCAUAGCAAAACAAUUUAGCAAAAGGGACUGUUUAGUCCCUUUAAUCCCCAAAUAUAUUAAUUCUCCAGACUGAUUUCAGUACUUGCUUGUACAUUUCCUUAAAUAAUAAGUUAAGAGAAUUUUUUAGAAGAUCAGAGCAUUUUUUCUUAUGUUGAUCUUUUCAUCAAUUCUCAUAACUUUUUCUCUUGAUUUGGUAUUCAUAUUUUUAGGAUGAAAUUGAUGUUGAUCACAUUUCAGACUUAAAGGGUUAGGAUACAUGUUAAUAAGCACCUACAGUUGUACCAUAGAAUUGCUAGUAAGGAAAUCGUUUCAAAUUAAAAGAUAUACAAUGAUGUAUGUUUUAUCAUCCAGAAUAUCUUUUUGUCAACUGAGAAACAGGCCUGUCGAUCAGCAGGUUUUGUACAAUGUACUGUACCUUUUGCUCAAAUAUCCUGCAUGGAUUUGUACAUGUAAACCAAGCAAAAUUUGUCAAUUUAAAGUAUAAGCUACCAUAGAGCACAGGUUUAUUCAUUGCUUGCAGGUUAAGCUUCUGUUCACUUUUUUUUUACUCUUGCUUUGUUUGAACGUUGAGGUUCAAAUCUGUAAUUUGGACUACAUGCAAAUUGUACAUAGCCGCCGUUAUGUUGAUCUAUUUUCCUUCUAUUCAGCACAAAAGAUCGAUGCCCAUAUUUCAAUAACAACAACAGACAAACGAACAGAGGGUUGUCUGCAUGCGGUGCCUCUUUGUAUACACAUUUUACGUUUAUA